AUGAGCAAUGGCACCAGCACUGCAGACCAUCUCGACUUUUUAAGAGCGGUAUCCAACGAUAACCUAGUUCCACGGUCGAGGUUUACGGCCGCAACGUCCAAGAAGGCCAAUCGGAAACACAAGUCAAGCAGACAACUGCUGGCAGACGAGUCCAAGAGGAUAAACGCAGUGUUGCAGCGCGAUGCGCAGAAUCCAGAGGCACCAAAACCCACCGUCAAGGUCACCUAUUUCAGCGUGAACGCGCCUCCUUCGUUGAGGCCGGCCAAGAGAUACUGCGAUAUCACGGGACUGCGCGGAUACUACAAGUCGCCGGUGAAUCGGUUGCGCUACCAUAACGCAGAGAUAUACCAGCUGGUUGUGAAGCCAAUGGCCCCCGGUGUAGACCAGGAGUAUCUGAAACUCCGGGGUGACAACUUCGUGUUGAAGUAG